UAUAAAAAAGUAUUUGUGCUCACUUCCGGGCUCACCGCACUACGCAGCAAAACCCACACAAACUAGAUGUGCACAGGCAUCAUUACAUCAACAUGGAGAAAACUAAACUUAGUGCGGAUUACUACUCGAAGACUUUUCAGAUUUAUGCCAAAGCAUGUAACAAGUUUGCAGAGUUUGAACAAUGGGUGGAAGACGUGUUUCCAAAACUGGUAUUGGAUAAGUUGACGGAGAGUUUUUCGGUGGACACCAAAAUUAACGUACUCGGAGUUGGCAGUGGCUCGGGGGAGAUGGACAGUAAAAUGGCAACAAGCAUCAAAUCCCGUUUUCCUUCUGUCCGUAAUGUCAUCGUUGAUCCCGGCAAUAAACAACUGGAUCUCUACCGCUUACUCGUCGAGGUCAAUGGCUUCCUAGGAGGCAUCGAGUUUGACUUCCAUGAAGUGGGCAUCGAUAAGUUUCUAAUCAGUGAGGGCAAGCCCCCGCCUAAAUACCACUUCAUCAACGCAGUCCAAUCUCUUUACUAUGUUGAUGAUAUGAAAGACACGGUACAGGUUCUGUACCGUCGCUUGGAGCCAGGUGGAAUCUUUUUGAUAACUAUGAUUUCAUCUACAACAAAUGCCAGUUGGAAGUUAUGGAAUCGUUACCCGCCUGCGCAGAGGUACGACUCCUCGGACUUCUUGAAGCAAAUCUUAUCAUCACUCGACAUCGCCUUCGAAGAACACCAUCAUGUCAACAACCUCGACAUCGCUCACUGCUUCGAUGAAGGAUCCGAGGAGGGAACCUACCUGCUGGAUUAUCUGACCCAGACCUCUAACUUCCGGGGCACGGUGUCACCCGAACAUCACAAGGAGGUGAAGGAUUUUAUGAUCUCUGACCAGUGCUCGGAGAAAAAAGAAGACGGUGCGAUCGUGUUCACCAACGAUUGGGAUGCUAUCGUGAUACAGAAACCACUCUGAAUAAUAGUUUCAGCAAAAUCAUCAUUCAUUUCUAGAUCGUGAUGAUAGUUGUUAGCAUUGGGACAUAAUAUGAUUCACGAACAGGAUCAAAUUUCUAUAUUCUAAUCAUGUCUUUAAACGCUUCAUCGGUCAAGAGUCGAUUUUGAUGCCACCGUUGGUCUUUCUCCAUUAUCUUUCCGCAAAAUUUUAGGCGGUGAACUUUGGUACCCCCUUCCCAAACUGACAACAUGAAAUUACCACUCCUUUUAACAUAGAUAUUACAAAUAACAUUAUUAUUCUUUAAAUAGGGUCCAUGCAGAACUUUCUUACUAAGACGUGAAAGGGCAAUAGCAAUGAUGAUAAUUUGUUGACACACAUUCCGAUUUCGAUACAAACAGUAUACCUUAAAGGGGGGUGGUCCCUAUGCAAACGUUGGUUUUAGUAUAAAAAAAAACACACACACAAACACAAAAGACACAACAAAAGAAACAAUACAGUGAAUAUUUGGCCAAAAUCUGUAGACUAAUAAAGAAGUUCAUGUUUGCACACUAAACGCAACGCUUAUAGCUCCUCAUUGAAUGUAAUUUUGCACCGUAUAAGUGGUAAAGAUGCAAAAUUGCCAGUGUGCACCCUAAAUGUGCGAUUUGGACUUCUUGGUUUGCAAAUAUUUAUGCGUCCAAAAGGUGCAAAUUUUUAAAAAGCACCAUAGGGUGCAGAAUUGCACUCACAAAGGAACUCCCAGAAUUGCAAUUGAAAUGGUGCAAAAUUUUACAUUUAUUUAUAAGUGUGCACAUAACUGGCUAUUCACAUUUAUGAUAGUAUAAUAUGAUAAACUCGUGAAUAAAACACAUGCUGUUACUUUGAGGUAUAUCGAAGAUAUUUUAAUAAAAACAAUACUGUACAACAACGAUAACGGAUAAGAAAGUUUCUACGACAAAUAUAUUUACAGGUAACAUUCUUAUUGUAUGCUCAAAUGAAGGCUGCUUACGUGUUCUAAAAAACAAAUUCAAAGCACAAUCUCUAUAAAUUUUCGGAUAGUGAAAAUGAGACAACAUAAAAUGUACAAUGGUAUGUAAGAAUUAAAUAAUAACAGAAACCUUCUCAAUUAGUUAUCAUAUACAAAUAUAUUUGCAUUGCGUCAUUAUUUGUUAACGUUUGGUAUUGGCAGAACAAGUAUAGAAUUAGUGAUUUGCAUCCAUUCCAUAUGGUAUAUCAGGAGUCGCUAUCGUAUCAUUUUUUUUAUUUAGGUUCGCUAUCAUAUUCAUGUUUUUAUCAGGAAAUAUGAUGUGUUUAAAAGUUUCUAACAAAACAGUUUUUCGAUUACGAAAGAAUAUCUUCCCUCUCCAGAAAACGAGAAUGGUUAUAAAUAUAAGUGCUCUAUAGUGGGGAAAGAGGGGGGGGGGGGGGGUUGGGGUUCAGUUUUAUGCCAAUAUUCCUCCUUCAUAAAAAGCUUAUUGGAAUUGUCCUUUAAUAUACGCUGUGAGCUAGAAAUCUUACUUAUUGGUAUAAUUCAAAUAGAAUUACAAAUUUGGAAGACUUUGAUCACAAUCUUGUUAUCGUCAAAUCAUUCAAUGUGAUUUACAAGAUUAAACAACCAUUAAAAUGAGAA